AUGCUCAAAGUUACUAUUGCUUUGCUUAUAUGCGGAGUUUUUGGAUUUUGGGGAUCUUCAGAUACAGGCAGCGAUGUGUCUUUGCACAUGCCGCACGUCAUUAAAAGCAUCCUCGAGGAGCAAGGCAUUUCAACAGUUGAAGCUAAAUUAAUAUCACAGUCAUAUUUAGCCAAAAAUGAAGGAAUGGACUUCAAAAAACUGGAAAAUUCAAUACUUAAUGGAGACCUGUUUAAAUAUAUAGAUGAGUGGAGAAAGGGGCUGUUUUCUGAAGUUUUCCCUCAAGAAUCCAAAGAGGUGCUGAAAAGAAUGAAGACAAUGCCAUUUUCAUAUGAGUAUUACCAAGCAAUUACAACUUCAUUUGAUGAUUACAUGGACAAGAAGCCUAAAGAAGAGCAUAAGGCCAAAAUAAAUGUGUCACAUGGUGAGAUUGAGGAAUGCCCAGUUUUGGUUAAUUUCCCAUAUACAUUUUAA